AUGAACGUCACCGAAACAAAGUGUCUAGUUUGAAGUCGAUUUGUGGUCACAUUUUUCGUAACCAAUUUUUUUAAGGGGAUUUUCGUAACCAUUCGAUCAAUGGAGAUAAUGUGUGUACUCAAAUUAAUCUUAAUUGAACAUCGUUCUUUUUUGUUACCUCUGGAUCAGAAUUUUAUGCUUCACAUCCGAGGUAAGACGUGAAGAGAGAUGAUGCUGACUCGCCGAGUAUAUAAUCCGGCCGACAGUUCUCGUUUUCUCUCGCGUGCGCAUGCAUGAACCAGGGGCAUGUACCAAUGCAAAUACUCCACGUGUAGGCCGCGCCCCCGUCCUCUCUCGUCCAUGCAUGAAGCAGGGCAAUACAUGCACCACGAAGAGAGGAUAAACGGAAACGGAGGGGGGAAGGGGACGAACCAACAAAUCAUUGGCUUCAAUAGUCGUCACGAUUUCCCGGCCGCAAAGUCGAUUCUGCUUGUUGACCGGCUGCUGGUUCUCCGCCGCGUCCAUCGUCUUCGUCGUCGGCCGAUAUCUCUUGCAAUUAAUCGCCGCCGGCAUGUUGUCUCGUGCAUGCACUGCCUGGUGAUCGAGUGGCAAGAAUGAGGAUGCUACCGCAGCAUGCAGCCGCCUCCGCCCUAGCUCCCAUGGAGGAAGACCGUGUUCUCCGGCUGCGGCGGCGGCCAUAGGUCCCCUUUCACCGAAGACGACGGUUGACGAAAGGACAAGUUCGUGAGGUUGGAGGAAACGUACGGGCAGCACGAGGAUCGAUCGCCACCAUGGACGGCCCCGGCAGCGGCCACCAGAUGGACAGCUACUUCUCCCGCGCCCCCAAGAUCCGGUCCCGGUCCAUCCGCAUGGCGGCUGCCGGCGUGAUGAGCCAGUCGGAGCGGCUCAAGAACAUCGGGCGCCGUGUCUUCCAGGAGGACCUUAAGAGCAUCUCCCUCAAGAUCUACGACCCGCAGGACCCGUUCCUGAUGCGCAUGAACCGCCUCUUCGUCUUCGCCUGCAUCAUCUCCGUCGCCACCGACCCGCUCUUCUUCUACCUCCCUUCCGUCAACGUGACCCAGAGCAACACAUGCAUCGGCUUCAAACGUGAACUGGCCGUCGCUGCCACCGCUGUGCGCACCGCCAUCGACUUCUUCUACCUGGCGCGGAUCGUGCUGCAGUUCCACACCGCCUUCAUCGCGCCGUCGUCGCGGGUGUUCGGCCGCGGGGAGCUCGUCGUCGACCAUGGUGACAUAGCGCGCCGCUACCUCCGCCGUUUUUUCGUCGUCGACCUCCUCUCUGUGCUCCCCCUGCCACAAAUCCAGAUGUACAAGUUCUUCAUGAAGCCCAAGAACGCGGACCUGCUUCCCAUCAAGACGGCGCUCUUCUUCAACGUACUCACCCAGUACUUGCCCCGCCUCCUCCGCUUCUACCCUAUCACCGCCGAACUCAGGCGCACCACCGGCGUCUUCGCAGAGACUGCCUUAUCCGGCGCCGCCUUCUACCUCCUCCUCUACAUGCUAUGCUCACACAUGGUGGGUUCCUUCUGGUACCUCCUCGCCGUCGAGCGCCUCGACGACUGCUGGCGCGAGAAGUGCGCGGGGCUCAAGUUCCACCAGUGCAGGAUAUACAUGUACUGCGGGGGGAAACAAGAGGGCGAUGAGGACGACUUCAUGAAGUGGCGGACCAUGAUCCGGCAGGUGCUCGCGCAGGAGUGCGCGCCUGUGGACAACAACGGCACGGGCUUCAGCUACGGCAUCUACACCUCCGCCAUGACCUCAGGGGUCACCCACACCAACGACCUCGUCCCGAAGAUUCUCUACUGCCUGUGGUGGGGUCUCCAGAACCUCAGCAGUGGCGCCCAGGGGCUGGAGACCACGCACUACAAGGGGGAGGCCCUUUUCGCCAUCAUCCUCGCGGUCUUCGGCCUCAUCCUCAUGGCGCUGCUCAUCGGCAACAUGCAGACGUACCUCCAGUCCAUGACGCUGCGUAUGGAGGAGAUGCGGCUCAAGCGGCGGGACUCGGAGGAGUGGAUGCGCCAUCGCGACCUCCCCGAUGACCUCCGGGAGCGUGUGUGGCGACACAACCAGUACAAGUGGCUGGAGACGCGGGGCGUGGACGAGGACGGCCUUGUGAGCUGCCUCCCCAAGGACAUCCGGCGAGACGUCAAGCGCCACCUCUGCCUCCGCCUCGUCCGCCGCGUGCCGCUCUUUGCCAACAUGGACGAGCGCCUCCUCGACGCCAUCUGCGAGAGGCUCAAGCCCAGCCUAUGCACGGAGACCACCUACGUGGUGCGGGAAGGGGAGCCCGUCGACGAGAUGCUCUUCAUCAUCAGAGGCCGGCUCGAGAGUUCCACCACCGACGGGGGCCGCACGGGGUUCUUCAACAAGGGGCUCCUCAAGGAAGGGGACUUCUGCGGCGAGGAGCUCCUCACAUGGGCGCUGGACCCAAAGGCUGCGGCGAACCUGCCGCUGUCCACUCGUAGUGUCAAGGCGCUCUCCGAGGUGGAGGGCUUCGCGCUGCACGCCGAUGAGCUUAAGUUCGUCGCGGGGCAGUUCCGGCGCCUGCACAGCAAGCAAUUGCAGCAGACCUUCAGGUUCUACUCGCAGCAGUGGCGCACCUGGGCGUCGUGCUUCAUCCAGGCCGCGUGGAGAAGGUACGAGAAGCGGAAGGCGGCGGAGCAUCGGAGGCGAGAGGAGGAAGAGAUGUACGCCGCCGAGAUGGUGUCUGCGUCGUCGUCGAGCCAGAUCAAGACAGCGUUCCUCGUGUCGAGGUUCGCCAAGAAUGCCAUGCGCGGUGUGCAACGCCAGCGGUCGCACCAGGAGGAGAGGCUCAUUCUGCUGUCCAAGCCAUCAGACUAACGGGAGUAACUUAAACUAGCAACAUACAUAUGAUAGUCGUCUAUAUUACUACCUCUAUAAUAAAAAUUAAUAUAUAUGUGAUGUCAUGUAACACUUUAUUUAUUAGGUUGUAAAUUCAUCUUGUUUUGAUA